AAAGAUACCAUGAGGCACACGGGCCUAGAGACUUAUGGGCCUAAGUAGGCCACGGGCCGCGAAUGGUUGCGUCGCCAAUUUCCACUCGUGGGUUCCGGUACUAACAAGCGAAACGAAGAAGGACGCGAAGGAGAAAGAGAGAGAUCAGUAUCAGCGAUGGCUAGAGGGAAAGUUCUGAGCGCGUACCGUGCCCUUUUGAAAGCGACUCGGAAAACAUUUUCCGGCGACACUAUGAUGCUGAAGGAGUCUGCGGUCGAAGUAAGGAAGAAGUUCGAGGAGAACAAGAACGUAAGCUCCGACGCCGAGAUCCAGAAGCUUCUCCUAGAAGCCGAAGAGGCCUCCCAUUUCAUCACCAACAUGAUCGUCCAGGCGCAGCUCAAUUCUGAUGCCGGCAGUUACGUGGUGAAGCCGGGUAAAGAGCAUGCUGGAGCAACACUUGAACUUCCUACUGAAGAAACUAUUCGGAAGUCAGGAUAAGGACAAAAGAUAAAGAGGCUGCCGGGAAUUUGCUUAGAAGAGAGGAUGCCGCCAACUCUGUUAAGAUUAGCAAAAUUGAUGGUUUUUCUGCCCAAAUUUUGGUGUAACUGAUAAUGCCCUGCUCAAUAUUACUUCGAAGAAUAAAUAUAAGUAGCAUUUGAUAUACACAAGUAAGAACGAUAGUUGUGAGACGAAAUAUAACAGGUAGACUAUGUUUUAUAUUUGGUGUAUUUUUGGAGAACAGAGAGGACAUGAAAAAUAGUACAAUCUAGCGUUACUAAAAGGGUGAAAUCAAGGAGAACAGAAUAAAACAGUGUUGCAUUCUGUUUUGUUCGCGUCUCUCAUGCCACAAGUCUUCACAUAUUCACUCAGACACAGUACUGUAAAGCAAUAAUAAAGUUCGCUCGCCCGAUGAAGACAUUGAGAUUUCUGUCAAAAUAGAUCGUGCAAAAUGGAGUUGUUAUAUAGGAUAGUAGGACAUAUAUUUUGGAAGAAUUCAAGUUGCAGAUUAUCGAUCGAAAACUGAAAAAGGCCUGGUUGCUAGUGCAAUCUAAGGUUAAGCUCUACUAACUCUUGGGUUGAGCUUUAUGCUUAUAAUAAUUAUACUUAGGCUUA